AUGACACAUGUGGUUGAGAUACAGGAUAAAGAACCGGAUCCCAUGAAGGCCACACUGAUGAAGAUUAAGACUGAACUGAAGGAAAUGAGAGAUCCACUCCAAAAACAACUUGAUGAAGCGAAGAAAGAGAAGGUGAUGCAUGUGUGGAUGCUGGCUGCACAAGUUCACUUCAGUUAUUGUGCUCAGAAACAUGAUGCAGCUUUUCCUCGCAUCCAUCCCAACAGACUGCAGUUUUUUGAAUACGAGUCCAUCUCUUUCACCUGUGUGUUUGAUGGCUCGGCUGAAUGGAGGGUGAUGAGGACACUCCGGGAAAUCACUCCGAGAAGCAUUUCUAACUGGGCGCCAUCAGCAGGAUCUGGCACCAUUAACCCUGCCUUCUCAUCAGACAGUGGAGCGUACUGGUGUGAAGAUGGAGACGGACUGAGAAGCAGUGCUCUCAACAUCUCUGUCACUGCUGGUUCUGUGAUCCUGGAGAGUCCUGUUCUGCCGGUGAAGGAGGGAGUCGAUGUGACAAUGUACUGCAAAAAGAAUAAAGUCCUGGUGAUCAUAGCUGAUUUCUAUAAAGAUGGCGUCCGCAUCAGGACCAGCUAUAAAGGAAACUUGAUCAUCUACAACGUUUCCACAUCAGAUGAAGGACUCUACAAGUGUCACAACUCUGGAUCUGGAGAAUCAGCAGAGAGCCUGCUGUCUGUUAGAGAACGUCAUGAAGAAGAGACUCCUUCUCCUCCUCCACCUAAGUUCCCCACCGUGCUGUGGAUCGUUGUCCCUGUUUUGCUGGUGGCCCUGCUGCUUUUUGUGUUUGUUUGUGGAGUACUACACUGCAAAAAACACAAAGUAUCAAGAGGUGAAAGUUUAGUUGAUCCAAACAAUGCAACAUAUGCUGUUGUCAAAAAACCAAGAAGGGGAACAGUCUUGGGUGGUGAUGAUGUGGUUGAUUCACACCAAGCGACAUAUGCUGAUAUCCAAAAACCGAGGAAGGAGAAAGUCACAGGCGGUGGUGAUUUGGUGGAUCCUCAUCAUGUGACAUAUGCGAUGGUGAAAAGGAAGGAGAAAGAACCCAAAAUUUCUAAAGCAUCUACCAAGCCACGUCUACCAGAAGAGAGCACUGUCUAUUCUGCAAUAAACAUUGCUGUUGGGAGAGCAGACACACCUGACUGAAGGAAAGAGGAAGUUCACACGCAGCGAUG